CUCACCUCAACCACCGACUGCUACCUGAAUGGGAAACAGAAAAUACAACUUAAGCCAUCACUCAUCAUUCCUCCAACAAAACAUCCGCAUAACGAAGACUUGGCCUUACUACCUUGUCGGCAGCUACCCGGCCAUUUAAUCUCCAGAGUAAUUCCUUCAUCGACCACUUCGCACGACUUGUCCGCCAGUGUUUUUCUUCACGUCGCCCAAUCACGGUCCCCGCCAAACUGCCUACUGUUUACUACUACUUUGCCCGUGGGGUCGACGUUCGCGAUUUCGAGUGGUCCAUUCCACCCUCCAUCUUCCACCAAGACUUGGUGAGCUCCAAGUCAGAAACCAUGGACCAAUCUGUAUUUCGCAUCACCAAGGAGCUGAGCGACCUUCAGAAGGACUCUGACCUGUCUCUUGCUGUCGCCUGCCGCGAUGUCGAUGUUCGCAAUGUCAAGGCAAUGAUCAUCGGACCGCACGAGACACCCUACGAGUUCGGCUUCUUCGAGUUUGCUUUCGUCUUCAAUAAGGAUUAUCCUAGGAGGUCACCUCAGGUUCAAGCUACAACCACGAACGACGGUCGCACCCGGUUCAACCCAAAUAUCUACGCCAAUGGCAAAGUCUGCCUAUCGAUAUUGGGAACAUGGCGCGGGGAGCGUGGAGAACAGUGGUCUGCUGCCCAAGGCCUCGAGUCCAUUCUAUUGUCCAUCCAAAGCUUAAUGUCCAUGAACCCCUACGAAAAUGAGCCGGGUUUUGAAGAUGCAAAGGAGGCUCAAGACCAGAAGAACCAGAAGGAUUACAUACAAAAGAUUCGCCACGAGACGAUCCGCAUCUCUGUCGUCCAUCGUCUGGAGGAGUACCUAGGCAUCAACCCCGAUGGCACAUUUGCGCCAACAAGUGUCAGCGGGGAGAUCGCUUCACUGGGCUCAGGUGAGAGCGACAUGGAUAUUCUUGACGAGGAAUCUAGCGUCCCAUUCGAGCCUUUCAAAGACCUUUGCAAGCGACGAUUUCUCUGGUAUUACGACUCCUACUUGGCUGCCGUCGAGAAGGGCAAGUCAGAGGUUAAGGACAACCAGUCAUUCGUCAGAAUGCCCUUUGAAAGCCUUGGCAACGGCAUGGAGGGUAAGUUUAAUUACACGGAGCUGGAGAAGAGACUCAAGGUUAUUAAGGCAGCCCUCGACGCCGAGACCGAGGGAUGGGCCGCAGAAGGAUUGCAAGCUAAGGCCCAGGAAACUACGGUCGCCGUCAACCUGCAGAGGCAGUUUGAGCAGGUUGUGGAGCACUUCAAACGCAGGGAUCUGGCGCACAGCAUCGAACUCGAAGACGGCAAUCCCUUCGUCUGGCUAGUGACAUACUUCGGUAAACCCAUGACGAACCUGGACGGUGGCCUGUUCCGAAUCAGGCUUUGCUUCAGUGCACGGUUUCCCGAGGAGCAACCUCGGGCAAGGUUCGAAACCAAGAUCUUUCAUCAUCGUAUUGCCGCGGACGGCACACCCUGCUACUUUGCGCCGCAGAACCGCCGUGAGGAUGUCAGGACGCACCUCGAAGCCAUCAUUGAUGCUCUUGAAGAGGAGAGUCCCCCUUAUGAUCCGCGAACUCUAGUCAACCCCGAGGCGUUCAAGUUGUUCUGGGGCUCAGCCGAUGACCGAAAGAUGUACAAUCGGCGUCUUCGCCGGUCUGUUCAACAGUCAAUGGAGUAAGAUACCAUUUUUGGUGACUAAAGGUGACUAAAGUAAACAGUUUUUCAAAUGCUAACAUUAUAAUUAGGGAAUUCUAACACAACGGUUGACGGCAGCGUUGGAAGUGUCCCAGGGGUGUUUGAAGUUAUCUGCGCAUCUUUGCAUGGCUAGCAUGGGUUCUGCUUUCUCUCAAGAACUUUCUGUGGCGUUGGUAAACCAAUAAGGGUGUGGAAAUAUCCAGGGUUCAAAGGACGGGACAAGGUGUCUAACAGACAGGGUCGAUUUUUACACAUGAUGAUUUCGCAUGCAAAAACGUAUUCGGUAUUGCGUCUGGCUGGUGGUUAAAGCGUGAAAGACAACGAGCCUAGCUGUUACUUUUAUUCCAAAAUAAUAGCGAAUUGUAGCGUAGCGAACAGAGGCAGGCCGAAUGGUAUGAAGAGGGUGCGUAUGAGUAGCUCACAGAUUUGGUCUGUUACAGGUAGAUAGGUCGUUUAGAUCUCUUCCAUGCUUUGAUUGUCCGUUCCCACUUCAUAUCAACUAAAUCUUCAACCGAAGGGGGGGAAACCUGUGAGCGAGAGAAAAACGACGUUGCUUCACACCG